UAAACUUCCUAUCAGGGGAAAUGUUCAAGUUUGCUUUCCAAGAUCCUUUAAAUCAUAUGCUGAAGUUUGGAAACUUUUGAAUGAAGAAAAUAUUCACUCUUUUUAAAUAUUUGAAAGAUUAGAUAGGUUCAUGAUGUGUACUUUUAACCGCAGUUUAAAGUAUCUAAAGAUAAGAUUCUGAAGAAAUAACCAAGUUAACCUUAAAGGAAAACCUCACUGCUUCACCCCAGUCCUCGCACAUUGCGCAUGGUGUUUGUCAAAAUGUCGGCUUUGUGUUAAGUCUAUUGUUUUAUUGAAGUUUUGACUUUUGUGUUCCAAAAUGAAACUUGAGUCGUUGAACCACUGUUUUCUCUUCAACAAAUAAUGAAUAACGUGACAGGAUAUUGCGUCCUAUCAAAGAUAAACUCAAAAAACUAUCAAAAACCUUGAAAAAAUGGAUCUGAGCGUGUCGAAUUCAAAUUGUUCCGACAAUGAGGAAAAGGACAAAUGUAUUACAUAUUUUUGGAAGUCUGCGACUAACACAAUUGAAUUGUCGGAAUUUUAUGUAAGAACAGGCGUGAAAUCUGUUGCUAUUGGCAUGGAACAUUGUUUGUUACUUGGUCAUAAUGGUAAGGUUUUUGUUCAAGGUUCUAAUAAAUUUGGUCAACUUGGGUUAGGGGAUUUCGUUGAUCGCCAUGAACUGACAGAAAACUUCAGUUUAUCAAGUAUUCAAGUUGUCAAUGUUGAGUGUGGAAGCCGUCAUAGUGGAGUAUUGACAGUAGAUGGUAAGGUCUUCUGUUGGGGAGAUUCUGGAAGUGGACAAUGUGGUGUAGGGGAAAUGCUUAUUGUAAAUGAACCAAAAAUGUUGUCUUUCAUUGAUAAUAAUGACCAAAAUUUAUCUGUUGUGAUCACUAAAUUAGCAUUUGGUGAAUUACAUAGCUUAGGUUUGACUGACAAAGGCAAUGUCUGGGCUUGGGGUAGUGGUGCUCCUCUAGGGUUGGGGGAUGCUCAGGCUAGAUCCAUGAAACCUAAGCUCAUUGAAGACUUGUCUGGUAAGAAGGUUGUUUGUAUUGCUUGUGGAAGCUAUCACAGCCUUGCUAUGAUUGAUGUUCAAAAAUCUGCAAGUGUUAAAACAGGGAAUAGCCUCAAAAAAGGGAAAAAGUUUUCAAUGGCAUCUCAAAGUCCCACAUAUCUACGUAGAGACAGUAUAAAACGUAGCAACACAGAGUCAUUUUCAAGAAAAAUGAAAGAGUUGGCAUUAGCUUCGACAGCCAACCCUCCAAGUAAUGGAGAUGUUUUUACACAUGUUGAUUCAGCAAGUUUAGUGAAUAAUGGUUUUGAUCAGAAUAAAGUAGAUGGCAGUAUUUCGUCUGAAUACAGUACUAUAUCCGGAUCAAUAGAUGCGGGCAUUUCUAAAGUGACGAAUGUGAUGAAAAAAUCUGUAAAUGAAGUGUUAUCUUAUACAUCAUCAUUGACUAAUAACUUUAACGACUCCACUGAUGGUGGUACAUUGUCAAAAGUGAACAUUUCCACUUCUCCUGUGUGUCAAUCUGAUGAAAUCACCAAGGAGUUACCUGAAAUGAAAGAAGAACCAGUUUCUGUUGAAGUUUGGGCAUGGGGUAGAGGGACAUUGGGUCAACUGGGACAUGGGACAACUGAGGAUCGAUCCUAUCCAUGUAGAAUAGAGGAACUUUCACAUGUUGGAGUUAUUAAGGUUGAAGCUGGUAAUCAUCACUCUUUAGCUUUGACAAAUUAUAGUCAAGUUUACGCUUGGGGUGACAACAGCUACUCACAACUUGCCAUUAAGAAAAAUGUUGUGAAUAAACCCAGAAAAGUUAAGUCUUUGUCUAAUCUUUUGGUGUGGGAUAUUGCUGCUGGUAGCCAUUUUUCAUUGUAUAUCGCAGACAGUUGCGAGACCAAGACUCAUGUUUAUCUUUGUGGCAGGAAACCAAGUGAGCUACCUAUGUCAUGUAAGAACAGCUUGCUGACGUCUCGUGAUAAUUUCAUUGCUCCUGCUGAGAGUUGUUCCUUACGAGAAGCGAAUAGCGGUGAUCAUCUGAAAGGGAGGAAAUCUGGGAAUAACGCUAAAGCUAUCGCAACUUUAUCUGUUGGUGAUAACAUUUGCCAAAUUACCUCAUUUGAAAAGGUCGGAGUUCUUCGUCGAAUUUCCGCCUUUGGUGAGCAAUGUGUUUGUCUUUCAGUCAGAGAACCGUCUCAGUGGUUAAAAAUGGUUUACGACAUUGUGAGAAGCGAGCGUGUAUUUCAUUACAAACUUGCUUUAAUUUGGCAAUCAACGUUGGAACCAUUACUUAUGAAUGUCGUACCAAAAUUGGAUAACAAUGAAAAGUAUGGUCAGACACUCACACAGAUUUGCAAAUCUUUUCAUCACGUCAUGCAUCAUGUGGCAGUCACGUGCAACCAACUCGCUCAAAUUGUGGAUGACGUUAUGUUGCCAAGCGAUGCUAUGAAAAUACUUUACAACGAAGAUUAUUUCAAUGCCUUUGACAACUAUUCUAAAGUACACAGUGAUUGUGUUGCUUGUGGUGUAUUGGAUUGUUUUGGUAAAGAGGCAAGUGCUAUCUUCAUCAAGAGCCGUUUGGUGUUUAAAGAGAUUUUGGAAGGAUAUGCAGAGGGCGAACAGAACGAGUGUGACGCUUUUAAGGAAAUUCUUCAACUACCUUUGAAUCGUGUUUCACAAUUGGCUGAAAUACUUUUCGAUAGUCAUUUAACUGAGCCUUCUCUCAUGAACAAGGAUCUUUUUGAUCUUUCUGUUCAAUGGAAGGAACUGUCUAAGAAAAAUGUGGAACGACAUCAAGAAGCCAAAUUAACUUGGGAGUUUUGGCAGGAAUGUCCACCUAAACUAGCGGAUAUUUAUAGACGGCCACAUCGUCGACUGUUAAAAAGCAGCAAAACAUGCGAGUUAUAUCUUCCUAAAUCUGCUCGUUUUACUUCCCAUUGGUUUGUUUUACUAACUGAUGUAUUCUGUCAUAUUGUGUCAAACAAGACUUUUCUACCUUAUGAUUUGGCUACAUUGUGGGCUUCGCCUGUACCGGACGCACUCGGUGAAAACUUCAUAAAUGCCAUAAAGAUAGUUAUGCCGGAAGAUUCGUUGACACUAUGCUCGAAAACAGCGAUUGAAAAGGCACAAUGGCUGGUUGUUCUUAAUCAAACUGUUGCAAGAACUUUAUCGUCGACAACUUUGUACAGGCUGAGUUCAGAGACAGUAAAUACAAAAGUUGGCAGUUUCACUCCAGCCAGAGCAAGAUAUGCGACAUAUUUUUAUGUUCAUGAUCCGAAGUACAAAGGAGCAUGUUAUACUGGAAUGUGGUUAUGUGGAAAACCUCACGGCCACGGAAAGUUGGUUUGGGCUUCAACAUCUCAAAGCUAUGAAGGAGAGUUUCGAAAUGGUCUUUACCACGGAUCAGGUCGAAUGAUCUUUGUGUUAAACCCUUCCGCUGGGGUGGCUGAGGAAUACAAUGGGGAAUGGAAAGAUGGCAUGAUGCACGGCUUGGGAGAAAUGAGCUAUAGUGACAAGAAGACAUACUCCGGACGCUGGGUACAGAAUUCACGUCAUGGUCAUGGUGUAUUGCGCAUGGGCACAUUGACGUCAGGCUCACCGUCCGUUUUUAUGGGAAACUGGGAUAAUGAUAAACGAUCUGGAUAUGGUAUGAUGGAUGAUAUCAUGAGAGGAGAGAAAUACCUUGGUAUGUGGGAUAAUGAUAUGAGGAAUGGUAAUGGAUUACUGGUCACUUUAGAUGGAAUAUAUAAUGAAGGAAGAUUUUCUAUGAACAAACUUAUGGGUCAAGGCAUUCUGCUUUGUCAUGAUGAUACAAAAUUUGAAGGCGACUUCUGUGGUGAUACUCAUGUCAAUGGAAAGGGCAAGCUGACAUUGCCUAACGGAGAUCGGAUUGAAGGUACCUUUCAAGGACAAUGGUGCGAUGGUUUAAAAGUCAAUGGCAUGUAUUUCAAAGGCAAUGGGCCGGAUGAAACGUCAAUGGACUUAUUUUCUGAAAAAGAGUCGACUCCGCACUCGCCUUUUUACAUUCCCGCUAAGACGAAAUGGCGUAGCAUCUUUGACGAGUGUCGUGACAGGCUUGGUUGCAUUGGUACCCAUGAACCGGAUGUUAAAAAAGCAUGGAAGUGUGUUACAGAGGACAUGGUUCGACCACCGUUUACUUGCUCUCUGAAUGAGGAACGUCAAGUGAUUGACGACGUAUUACAGGGGAUUGACGUGGAUCAGGCCAAGAAAAUUGCAAAGGAUAAGAAAAAAUUGACGGAAUACUUAACAAAGGCUUUCAAUCUAUCGUGUCAUCCACUUGGUCGACUGCUUGAGACAUUAGUCAUCGUGUACAGAGCAACUUAUGUUGGUAUGGGAGCACACAAACGUCUUCUGGCGCAAGCUGUUGAAGAAAUCAAGUCGUACAUUGAGAGAAUUUACGCCAUUAUAAGGAUUCUCUUUCCGUCUUUACCAAGUGAGGAAUUUGUUCACUUGUCUGAUUCCAACGAAGAGCUCCAUCAAUCAGAUGGCGAUGUAGUGGAUAGCAAUACGCUGCUUGGUCCACUUUUAUUCCCGCGGUUUUAUCCACCUCUCUUUACACUGUAUGCUCUGCGCUACGAGAAGAACGAUAGCGCGUACUGGGAACGAGUUUUGGCUCUGAACCAACAUACUGACUUGACAUUGAUGGCUUAUCUUGAGGUGAAGAGAACGUUUUGGUUAGCUCCCAAAGAAACGAAUGGAAUAGUGGAACAAGUGGAUCAAUUGGCGAGAAGCAAUAGGGCUGGCAGCCGUUACUAUACAAACGCUGUGGAAGCUUUUCAACAAAUAAGUACAAAGUUCAGUCCCAUGGAAAAGAUUUUAGUUCUAAAGGAAACCAUGCAAAGCAUUAACAAGGAGGUUCAAAAAUUUUGGAAAGGUCAAGCGAAACUGGAGUCUCUCGACGACUUGUUUCCAGUCUUUCAAUUCGUUGUCAUACGGUCACGCGUGCAUCACCUUGGAUCAGAGAUUGAGUUUAUCGAAGAUUUAAUGGAAUCAAAAUAUCAUACUGGAGAACAUGGACAUAUGUUUACGACUUUAAAGGCUUGUUAUUAUCAGAUAAUCAACGAAAGGUAGCAUUUGAUGCAGUUAUUGAACGUCAUAUGUAUUGAAUUUCUUAGUGUAAAUAUGAAAUACAUAACUAUAUUUUGAUUUUUGUAACUUCAAUACACUCCAUGUAAUUAUAGCGUGUUUGUACAAACAACUAUUGAUGCUAUUUCUAAUUUAUUUUAUAAGUGAAAUUUUUAAAUUUUUUUUAAUGAAAUAAAUACCAUUUGUAAUUGUCAAAUCUUGGGUUACUGCAAACAUUAUCCUUCAUGUAAUACAUAGCUUUUAACGUAGAAGAUUUGUCAAUGUCAAAUGUUUCAAACA